UCUGGCGGCUGCAGCGGCUAACUGGCUGUUAGCUUCAGAAACGCAGCGAUACUUUGCUCUGGUUCGUUUUUCCGGCUUUGAUAACAGGAGUUACAGUGAGCAGAGGGCCGUCCGCUGUUCGGGUCUGAAUCCGAGUCUGUCUUCGUCUGAGAAAUGGACGGAGAAGAGGACGACUUCAUGUCCGCGAGCCACUCCGAUGACGGAGGCGGCACUCCAGUUCAGGACGAACACCCGGCGUCGGAGGGCGAGGAGGCGAGGAGCGACGGACGUCAUUCUGAGGACGAAGGCAGCAACGAUGAAGACGGCCCCCGCGCCAUGGAGACCAGCGGCGCGGCCAGCGGCUCCGACAACGAGCUGCACAGAGGGGCUGACAGUGACUCGGAGGGCGAGGCCCCCAGGGGCCGCCAUGACGACGACAAAAGCGAUUCAGAGGACGAGGCCCCCAGGGGCCGCCGCCACCACGGAGACGACAAAAGUGACUCGGAGAUGGAGGCUCCGCGUCCCGCUGACAGCGACGAUGACGACUCGCCCGUCAAGCGCAGGAUGAGCGGCUCCGACAACGAGGAGGAGUCGCCCGUCAAACACGGAGCCUCAGAUAAUGAGGAGGCGGGACGGUCGCCUCCCGCCAAACGCAGGGGGAGCAGCUCGGACAUGGAGGAGGGGGAGGAGAGGCCCAAAGCGGCCGCAGACAGCGACUCGGAGAACGAGGACGACAAACCUGCGGCGUCCCGCCGGUCCAACGCUGACAGUGACUCUGACACAGAGACGCCCGCCAGACGCAAGGCGGCUCAGAUAGACUCUGACGAGGAGGAGGAGAAACAGCAGGAGGAGAAGCAGGGAGGAGGAGGAGAAGGAGGAGGAGGAGGAGGAGGAGGGAAGUGGAAGGCUGUGAUGCAGUCUGACAGUGAGGAGGACGAGGAGGACGGGAGGAGGAGGAAGGCUGCAGCAGGAAGUGAUGAGGAGCAGCAGGAGGAGAGGAAGCAGAAAGACGACAGUGACGACGAGGACGAGAAGCCAGCGAAGAGGAAGAAGGCCAUCCUGUCCGACAGCGAGGACGAAGACGACGACGAGAAGGCAGACAAACCAGCGGUGAAGAGGAGUCGGGCGGUGUCGGACGAGGAGAACUCAGACAGCGACGACUCGAUCGGUCCCGAUAAAAAACUCGCCGCCAAACUGAGAGAGCUCGGCUCGGACAGCGGCAGCGAUGACGACGAUAGGCGGAAGGCCACGCCCCCGGGGAAGAAGGACGAGAAGGCGCUGUUCGGCAGCGACAGCGACUCUGAAGGCGGCGACGAGGAGGAGAAGAUGAUUGCAGACAUCUUUGGAGAGUCUGGAGACGAAGAGGAGGAGGAGUUCACGGGUUUCAACCAGGAGGACCUGGAGGACGACAAGAAGGAGUCCAAGGAGAAGCAGCAGAGGGUGGAGGAGGACUCGGACUCCGAUGAAGGAGUCGACCGCAGCGGCCAAGACACCAGCUUCAUGUCUGACUUCGACAUCAUGCUCGCUCGGAGGAAAGCCAUGAACAGCAGGAAGAGGCGGCACCGCGACGGCGGGACGUUCAUCAGUGACGCUGACGACGUGGUCAGCGCCAUGAUCAGCAAGAUGAACGAGGCCGCAGAGGAGGAUCGAACCCUGAACAGUCAGAAGAAACCGGCGCUGAAAAAACUGACUCUGCUGCCGCAGGUCGUCAUGCACCUCAAGAAACAGGACUUGAAGGAGACGUUCAUCGACAGCGGCGUGAUGUCAGCCAUUAAAGAGUGGAUCAGUCCUCUUCCCGACAAAUCGCUGCCUGCUCUCAGGAUCAGAGAGGAGCUGCUCAAGAUCCUACAGGAGCUGCCCAGUGUGAGUCAGGAGACUCUGAAGCACAGCGGCAUCGGACGCUCCGUCAUGUUCCUCUACAAACACCCCAAAGAGUCCCGAUCCAACAAAGACCUCGCCCUCAAGCUCAUCAAUGAGUGGUCGCGGCCCAUCUUCGGCCUGACGUCCAACUAUAAGGGGAUGACGAGAGAGGAGCGUCAGCAGAGAGACCUGGACCAGCAGAUGCCUCAGAGACAACGACUCAGUCAGCCUCAGAAGGUGGAGAGGUCGGAGGAACCCGACGUCUUCUCUCCACCAAUCAGCUCGGGCGGUCAGACGCCUCGGAGAGACCUGGAGAAACAGCUGACUGGGGAGGAAAAAGCUCUGCGGCCAGGUGACCGGUUCUGCGCCAGGGCUCGGGUACCGAUGCCCUCCAACAAAGACUACGUGGUACGACCCAAAUGGAACGUAGAGAUGGAGUCCAACAGGGGUCCGAUAAAGAAGGGUAUGUCCAGAGUGGACAAACAGAUGCGUAGAUUUGCCGACAUCCGCCGCCUGACGAAGCCGGGUCACGCUGUGAAAAUCAGCGUCGAAGGCAACCGGAUGCCGCUCUGAUUUUAACCUCCGUAGGAUUUAUUCACUUUUUUUUCUCUUUAAUGUGUUGCUUUCUGAACAAUCCCGCUGUUGUCCUGCCCAUCUCCCCAUGCUCAGGUCCAGCUCCACUUUACUGACGCCUGAGGUCAAGUCACUUUGACUCGAGUCAGGAUGUGAAUAUCUGCUGUAAACUCAACGGGUCUUUGGGCAAAAAAUAUCAAAUAUUCUCCAAAUUUUUCCACAGAACAAAAAUGUAUCUGCUGUUAAUGUUAGCAAGCUGUCAGCUAUGUUAUUUUAUCUCCUAACAUUUGCUUUUGUUAGCAGUUAGCUUUAGCCGCAAACCCACUGGAUUUAAAAUGUUUACUCAUGCUAUCAUUAUGUUAGCUUUACCUCAAAGUUAAGUAAUGCUAAUGCUAGCAGUUAGCUACAUUAGCUAAAAACCAGCUAAAUCUACAACGUUAGCUUAUGUUAUGACUUAGCUGCGAUAGCCUUAUCUCUAAACUAGGAGGGCUGUAACAUUAACUAACAUAACUUAAUUUACAAUGUUAACUAAUGUUAGCAGUACGUUAGCUUUACUUCAAAGCAAUGUUAGUAGCUACUAUUAUGGAUUUGGAGGUAAACCUAACUGAUUGAGCCAGUGUUAGCAGUCCACCACAUUAGCAUUAGCAUUAGCUCCAAACCAACUGGGUCCGCACUGUUAGCUUACGUAAGCCUGACAGGAAUUUAGCUGAAGUUAAUGUAACUAACUGCUAAGUUAAUAAUUUUCGUCAGCUACAUUAGCAUUAGCUCCAAUUCAACUGUGACUUAAUGGUGACUAAUGUUGGCACAAAAUGCCAUUUUGAAGCGAACAGUGUGGGUGAACAUUAGCUUUACAUCCAAACCAACUAAGAUAAAUGUUAGCAGCCAGCUACGUAAGCUAUACAUUUAGCAAUAUCUACAACAAUAUUUUAUAUUGCCACAUAGCUUUGGUAGCCUUAUCUUUAAAUUAACAAUGGCCAUAAUAUCAACUUGUGUUAGCCGUUAAUCAACUCGAUUUACAAUGUCAACUAAUAUUAGCAUUACGUUAGCUUUACUUUAAAAUAUUAUAAGUAGGUAAUACUGUGGAUUUGGAAGUAAAGCUAACUGCUGUGAGCUUUAGCCAACUAAGAUGGCUAAUGUUAGCAGUGAGCUACAUUAGCACAGGACCAUAACAUUAGCUAAUGAUGGCGCAACACAAAUACUAGCAGUUAGUUACAUUAUCUUCAGUAUUAUAAACUUAGUGAUAAAGCUAAUUUUAGCUAAUGUUAGCAAUCUGCCUCCACAUCAACUAGGUUCAAAUCAAUAUGUUAGCAGUUAGCUGCUCUAAUGUUAGCUUGAUCUAAGCCCCCUAAAGAAAGCAGUCAAACUACAUUAGCACAGAUGGAUAAUGUUAGCUUAUGAUAGCUCGACACAAAUACUAGCAGUCAGUUACAUUAGCUUCGUUAUUAUGAACUUGCAGAUGAAGCUAAUUUUCUCAUUUUAGAUAAUGUUAGCAAUCUGCUACUUUUGCUUCUCUAAUCUGCUACUCAAUUUUCUUCCGAAUAACAGCUUAUGUUAGCAGUUACUCAAUAUAGUGUAAUAUUAGCUUAACAUCGAAGCCAGCUAAUUUUAGCAGUCAGCUACAUUAGCUACAUUUAAAAACUGGCAAAAUCUACAGUAGUUUACAUUAUCAGUUAGCUUAGUUAGCUAACUGAUAACUAAGCUAACUGAUUUAGAGAAAUCCAAUUCAUUAUUUUGGUGACAUUUAGAGAAAUCUAAUUCAUUAUUUUGGUGACAUUUUGAAUUUUUUGUCCAGAGUACCGUCACAUUUUUCAAAACUUUCUAAUAUUGACUUUGAGAACGAAAAUCGCCCCUCACGCUCUUUUUCUCUCUGAAAGUGUUAGUGUUUUGCGAAUAGGCUGGCCAGACCUCCUCCUCCUCCUCAGUCCUUUUUGUCCCCUCUCUGCUCCCGUAGCGGCUGUACAGAAGUAUGUAAAGUGUGUGCAGGACCGAGGUCGCGCAGGUAACGUCGGUUCUGUUGGAUCAGAUCUCGGUGUGUCGGCUGUGAAUCGGCCCGCGUGUCUGUGUCUCUGGAACAGGUGAUACUUUUCUUAAUAAAGCGUCAACAGAAACUCA